AUGGAUGGUAUAAGCGAGGCAUAUAAAAACUCAGAGAAGUGGACCACGCGCAAAGAGAUUUUAUCAGUUGUCGCACCGAAAAUAAGCUGUAAACUUACACAGUCGUUUUUACCUGGAUUAACUCUAUAUCGUUUCACAGCAGCAAGACGUCAUGCUUUAGAAUACGGAACUGGACGUCAGGUGGAGCAUUUUAUAGACUUUAUCCUAUCACCACAUAUUUGUACUGAUCUGCCUUUUGGUGAACGGCGUCUACGUCUUUCGACUGGUGUUGAACUUUACGUCCCAAAUACAAUCAGAAAUAUGAUACCUUCGAGAAUUGUUGAUCAAUAUUUUGAGUACAUUGCUGAAAAUAAGCCGGGUUUUCCUCCACUUGGUCGCACAAGUCGUUUAUCGUUACUGAAUUCGUGUAAAGCGUCCACAAGACACGGUUUACAAGGAGUGAACUAUUUUGCAGCUAACGCUAGUCUGGUAUUUGAUAAUCUUAUUGAUAUGGUGAAUGAUCUAUCAAUGGAUAGUGAUUCAAAAAAAACACUCGUUGAUGAUGUAAAACGCGGACGAAUGUAUCUGAAGACUGAUUAUAAAGUUCAUGUGCAAAAAUCGUCAACUAUAACUGAUCAUUGCAUUAACUAUGCACUUUUACAAAAUCAAAUGACACUGAUUAUGCCGAGGAAAAAAUUACGUACUACGAUAAAGAGUUCAGCAACUGAUAACGAAUUAUUAGAUCGUGAAUUGGCUAAACUUAAAAUGAGUACAGAUGCUAUUGAGGCAUGGAAAUGUCAUCAGCUACGAGCUGUGAAUCAGGAUCGAUACGGAAAUUUAACUCAACAUUUAUGUACAGGAAAACACCGACAUCGAAUAGAACGUAGUUCCAUGAGAGACAUGGCUAUGACUAUGUAUCACUCGAAACUGGAAAAUGUUGGAGUAAGAUCAAUGAUUUCUCUUCAAUUGGAAGAGGCUACACCUGAUGAUGAUGAUGAUGAUACAAUUCGUAUUACACCAGACAGAGGAUGGGCUUUGCCAAAAGAACGAAAAGUGACACGUCUGAAUGAAUCUCAGAUAAAAUAUCUCACUGAGAAGUUCGAUGAGGGUGUACAACAGAGAAUUCGAUGGAAACCAGAGGAAGUAUCGGCUGAAAUGCAGCGAAAAAAAGAUUUGAAGAAUAGACUCUAUUGCACACCGGCCGAGUUUUUAAAACCUGGCCAGAUCAGAUCGUUCUUUUCACGUUUGAAGUCGAUACGUGGAAAGCAAACAGAAACAGUAGUUGUAGACGAAGUGGAGGAGGAAGAGGACGAUGAAUUUGACGAUAA